UCGAGCCAUGGCGAUCAACUGGCCCUGUUUCGAAUCCUUCGCGAGUAUGGCAUUUACAUAAAGCCGCGCUCUUCUCUCCAGUCUCUGCAUCUCGUACAGUACUGCAGCUCAACGCCGGGCGUAACUUCAGGCUCUAUGUUGCUUCUUCCCGUGUUGGUUGCUCUCAUGGCUGCAUGCCAUGUGCAAGCAAAAGCAGUCUUCGCUCAUUUCAUGGUACGNGUGGGGAACGUCAACUCUUGGGCUAUAUCAGACUGGCAAAGAGAUAUUCGUCUGGCCCAGGACUCCCACAUUGAUGGCUUCGCUCUGAAUAUCGCAAACAACGGCGGCUAUGCUAGCCAGAUCGCCAAUGCAUUCUCAGCAGCCGAUUCUCUUAGCUUCAAACUCUUCUUCUCCUUCGACUAUGCUGCACAAGGCGCCUUUGCCCAACAGGAUGUGAUCAAUCUGAUCAACCAGUACCGAUCCAACAGCGCAUACUACAAGUAUAACGGCCAGCCAUUCGUGUCUACUUUCGAAGGUCCUGGGAGCUCUGGUGAUUGGACCACGAUCAAGUCUCAGACUGGGUGCUUCUUCAUUCCUGAUUGGUCGUCGCUGGGCGCCNNUGCUGCCAUCAGUCGUGGUGUUGCGGAUGGCUUGUUCAGCUGGGAAGCAUGGCCUUCAGGCCCGAAUGACAUGACCACGACGCCGGACAAUUCUUACAAAAGCGCUCUGAAUGGCAAGCCCUAUAUGAUGCCUGUCUCUCCCUGGUUCUUUACCAACCUACCGGGUUAUGGCAAGAACUGGUUAUGGCGUGGUGAUGAUCUCUGGUUUGAUCGCUGGAACCAGGUCAUGACUGUCCAGCCAGAUUUUGUCGAGAUUCUGACUUGGAACGAUUGGGGUGAGUCGCACUACAUUGCUCCUUUGGACGAUAGGCAAUGGGGUCUGUUCGACUCUGGCAAUGGCAAUGCGCCUUACAACUAUGUUCAAAACAUGCCUCACGAUGGCUGGCGACUCUUCCUUCCUUAUGUCAUCGACAUGUACAAGAGCGGCAAAGCCUCCAUCUCAGUGGAAGGGCUUGUAUCAUGGUAUAGAAAAUCACUGGGUACAGCAUGUGCCAGUGGCGGCACUACUGGCAACUCGGCAAGCCAGGGCCAACAAGAAUAUCCCCCAGCUCAACUCGCACAAGAUAAGAUUUUCUUCUCUGCAUUACUUACAUCUCACGCUGAUGUGACAGUUACUAUCGGCAGCACGACACAGACCGGCAUCUGGGAGAACACGCCAACUGGUGGUUCUGGUAUCUAUCAUGGUAGCGUUCCAUUCAAAGGCCGUGGAGCUGUGUCUGUCAGAAUCUCCAGAAAUGGCAAGCUCAUCAUGCAGAUGAACGGAGAAUCAAUCACGGACAGUUGUACCAACAAUAUCGAGAACUGGAACGCAUGGGUCGGUAGCGCUAGUGCUACAGGCUUCGGAUCGGGGUCUGGUAGUGUAUCUACUCCAUCUUCCAGCAAAGCUUCCUAUACGUUCAAAACCUCCACUACCGCACCCACUUCCACAUCUACUACUGGUAGCAGCUCAUUCUGCAUUGCCGGAACCGGAGAUGGUAAUCUGGCUGGCCUUUGCAACUACUCCUGCAACUAUGGAUUCUGUCCCUCGAACCCUUGUACCUGUACACAGAGAGGGCGCCAAGUCAUUGCUCCCAUUGCAUCAAACACGCUUGGGUUCCCCGUAGCCGGCCAGGAUAUUGCCAUCUACAGUGGCCUCUGUGAGUUUACCUGUAGCCGCGGCUAUUGCCCUUCAAGCGCGUGUACCUCGGAUCCGUCAAAGGCAGCAGACGGCAAUGGCUCCUUCUGUAUUGGUGGUAGCGGGAAUGGAAAUUUGGCUGGACUUUGCAGCUUUUCGUGCAACUACGGAUUCUGCCCUAGCAACGCUUGCACCUGCACUCGAAGAGGAAGUCAAAACGAUCCCCCGCUGCCUCCAAUACUCUUGGUUUCCCUGCCGCUGGCCAGGAUGUUGCUCAGUACAGCGGCCUCUGCGAAUUUGCUUGCAGUCAUGGCUAUUGCCCUACGGGAGCUUGCACUUCUGAUCCAUCCAAGGCGGCCUGAGAAAUGCUUUGGGCAAUCACUGGAAAGU